AUGACACGACGUGCUGCCAGCGAACGCGGUAGCAAGACCCAGCAGAGGGCAGCGCAGAAAAACGCGACUUCCAGCGGUUCCACCACCGAGGAUACAAUACACCUCACCAACUCCAUUGCACCCUCGGAGAGCAACGAUCCAGAGGCAACCUUCUCCUCUGCGUCUGACGACGACGACUCGGACGACGAUUUUGCACAGCAGCCGGGUGCGAGGCGGAAGCGAAAGCGCGACGGUGACACCCCAAAGUCUUCAAAAUUGUCGAAGUCUGCUGCUAGUACUGGUUCUUCAGCAGGGAAAAAACCUCCUCGAAAAAAGGCAAAGGGAACGGGGAAGGAGGAGCACUUGACUUUGAACCUGAGCAAUCUUUGGGAGGUGACGUUCGAUAUUCUACACGAGAUCUUUUCCUACCUAAGCCCCCUGGACCUCCUGAAUAUCGCACUGUCGAACAAAGCCAACAAAGCAUUUCUGUAUUCGCUCAACUGCAAAUCCAUCUGGAAAGCCGCGAGGAGAAAUUUCCCUGGACUUCCGGAGUGCCCUGAGGAUAUGACGGAGUUUCAGUACGCGUUUUUGGCGUUUGGGAAGGAGUGUUUUAUAUGCGAGAAGAAAGCGCCGAAGAAACCAUAUACCGUCUGGGCGGCGCGCAAGCGCUUCUGCUCAGCAUGCCUGAACCAGAACUUCGAAACAGCGCGCCUAUACGGACAUCCACGAUACUCACACCACGCGGAUAUAGCACCUCUGCUAAAAUUUCUCCCUACCGUAACUCUAUCCAACGGUAUUGCCUACACCUGCCGCGACACAGCCCGCCGAUGGGUUUCAAUGCGUUCAAAUUCUUCUAAUGCUAGUAAAAAGGCGUGGGUCAAGACUAUGGUUGCAAAAUGGUCUGUGAUCAAUGAGCAUGCCAAAGCCUGUGAGGUUUGGGAGCAGCAGUGUCUGGAUGAAGUCGACGAGAUGAAGAAGAAUAACUUUGAUGCGCGUGUUGAUGCAUUACUUGACCGCCUUGAAGCAACGGGUUGGCAGGCUGAAGUCCGGGACAUCAAAACUGUCAACAGGCCAGUACGUAGGCGGAUGUUCUGUCAUGAGCCCCUCAUCCAGAAGAUUUUUCAAAAAGACCUCACACAGCGAAUUUUCCAAACCCAAAGCACGGCUCUUGCAGCGCUCAUGCAAAGCUACAGGGCGCAAAUGCAUCUCCGAAUGCGAAGGGAGCUACUUGUAGCCCGAAUCCCACAUCUAAACAAUGCUGUCAAAGCCUUCACUGCAACCGUGCCGCCAAACGAAGUCACCCCGACGGUAGGCAAUUUCUUCACACAUAAAGAAGUCCUGGACUUUGUCAUCAACACUCCAAGCAUCACGAACGCCGCCGACUUUACGCCGCUUUUUGAACGGCUACCAGCUCUCGUCCAGGAGCUCAGGAAGCUCAUGAAAGAAAAAUUGUUGACCAUGGUGGGUAUGACAGCUGGUGAUUUCGCUGCGGACCCUGCGGUAGUCCUCGAGCUCGCAACAACAAUCUUCCAGUGCAGGGACUGCGAAUUUGGGGACGCACAAAGGGCGAGCCUGAUGCGCUACCCGCGUGUGCUCGCGCACCACCACGCAGUGAACGAAGAGUGUCGGCGGCCUAUUCAAGAGAAGGACGUUGAAGUGCUCUGGGAAGUGACGGGUGCUAUGCCGUGGAAUCAAACUGGGGUUGUUAAGUUCGAUAUGUACGCUGCGGUGAUUAUGAGGAGUGUGAUAGAGCACUGCGGCUUGGAUCCGAAGACGACAACGAAGGAGAGAAUGGAUGAGUUAGACCCGAUUGUUGAGUGUUUGACAUGUAAUAACUUGGAGGAAGGGAGGAAGGUUAUGCGGUGGGAUGUGGUGCCUCGGCAUUUCAACAAGGAGCAUAAAUACGUUAAUCUGUCAGGUGCUGUGAGGAUUGCAAUUUUAAAAGGUGAAGAUGCAGAGACGAUCAGAGCCAGAUUGAACGAAGAAGAAGAGCUCACGCGUGCAGCGGCCGACUACGAAGGUUUGGCUUGCGCUCAAUGUUUCAAGCAUGGCAAUACCGCCACCCUCAGAAGGCAUCUUAUCAAAGAGCAUGGUCUCGACAAGUCGUCUGUUAAAGAUAAUAUUGUGGUGAGGAUUGACUCGAACUCGGUUCAAAAGCAAUUCUGUGCAUGGCCCCCACGAAAAGAGGUCAAACUUGAUGAAGGAAAAUUGGUAGUGAGACCAAAAAAAUAUUGA